AUGGAUUUCUCUAAACUCGAUUAUGCUCUCGAAUGCAUUGCAUUGCAACAUAAGCUGCCAGCGCAGGAGGUAUUGGAUAGAUGGUUGGAGAGGCAACAAGCUUCUGUUCCCGACAGAUGGAGGUUCCUCGAUGGGAUCCCUUGCAUCAUUGGAGGUUUGAUAGCACUUCUCGGAACACUUGAAGGGCGAGGAGGAAACUUCCCGUGGAAGACGCUACCCACUGUUCUAGCCCGUCGUGGCUGUAUCCUCCAAAACUACCCUGAAAAUAUCCUCAUGCCUGGUGAGAAACGCCCCACACUGGCAAAAAGCAAGGGAAUAAGCGACCUCUCUCUUGAUGAGUGGCGUGUCCUCGCAGAUGCCCUCAAGAGGGAUAUCACCUGUGCCAGCCGGCAUGCUAUUGAAGCAGUGGAGGAAGGCGUUAUCGAGGACGAAGAAGCCAUCAUCGAGGACGAAGUGGAAGUUGACCAUGGUGACCUUAUCCCGCAGAUCGCCUGCACCAGCCAACAUGCUAUUGAAGCAGUGGAGGAAGGCGUCUUCGAGGAUGAAGAAGGCAUCAUCAAGGACAAAGAGGAAGUUGACGAGCUUUUGGGGUCGCAAGAAAUAUUCGUGGACUCGAAUUACAAUGACUCAAUGCGACCCUUGCGACCCUCGCAGGCCCUCCAUUCGACUCUCGCAGACCUCUGUUCCAUCCUUGUGCACAGGAAGGUUGUUGACACAGUUACACAGCUGUGA